AUGGGCACAUCCCUGCGUGCUUUAUUCACCUGGGUGCUGAUCAUCGGUGGCGGCGACGGGGGAGUGCUGCGAGAGGUGGUGAAACACCCGACCGUGGAGUCCGUGGUGCAGUGCGAAAUCGAUGAGGAUGUGAUCCAGGUAUCUAAGAAAUACCUCCCAGGGAUGGCAGUGGGGUACUCCAGCGCUAAGCUCACCUUGCAUGUGGGAGAUGGUUUUGAGUUCAUGAAACAAAAUCAAGAAGCCUUUGAUGUGAUUAUCACAGACUCAUCUGACCCCAUGGGUCCUGCAGAAAGCUUAUUCAAAGAAUCUUACUACCAGCUGAUGAAGACAGCCCUGCGAGAAGAUGGGAUUCUUUGCUGCCAAGGUGAGUGCCAGUGGCUGCACCUGGAUCUCAUUAAGGAGAUGCGUCAGUUCUGCAAGUCUCUGUUCCCUGUUGUGGAAUACGCCUAUUGCACCAUCCCCACAUAUCCCAGCGGGCAGAUUGGCUUCAUGCUCUGCAGCAAGAACCCGAACACAAAUUUCCGGGAGCCUGUGCAGCAGCUCUCACAGCAACAAGUAGAGGAGAGGAGUCUGAAAUACUACAACUCUGACAUUCAUCGGGCAGCUUUCGUUCUGCCAGAGUUUGCACGGAAGGCCCUGAGCGAUGUGUGAGACUGAGAAGCUGCUUCCUUCCUUCAAGUUGGACCCUGAGAUCGUCAGUGAUGUGGUGGGGACCUUCCCAGCAGACUGCAGAUUUGCUCUCCACUGUGUGGGAUUGUUUAACCCUUUGCCAGCCAACAUUCCCUUUGAUGAUGUGUUAAAGAUGAUGGGGCAUAAGCCAGAUAAGACUAUUGAAAAGGUCCAGUGACUUAUUGUGUGAGGUCAAAACUGUUCUUUCCAAGUGCUGGAAACGUAAGAUGUCUUUUUCCUUUCUCUCCUCCCUGUACCCAUGCUAAAUUCUCCCCUCCCUGCGCCCCCCUCCCACCACUGCCCCCUGCAACUGACAUGAUAUAUUUAUAACUGACACGUAUUUCUGUCUGGUGAUCUUCUGAAGCCUGGGAAGAGUCCAGAAGGGUCACUGACUCAGCCUUAAGCACAGAGAGUGAGAGCUUUGUG